AUGCAAAACCCAGGAACAACACAACCUCAAUGGUAUUCUUCUUCUUCACUCUCGUUUCUCUCAUCAGCAUUAUUCAGAGACCCUAAACCAAAACCAAUCCUCUACACUUUCCUAAUCAUCUCUCUCUUCUCCAUCCUCCUCGUCCUCUCUCUUUCCUCUUCCUCCCCUUCCCAAACCCACACCCGACCCGACCCAUUUCUCUACCCCACUCACCAAACCCACCGCAUCAUCUACGACCAAGAUAAAACCGCCCCUCCACCUCCUUCCAUAGCAUAUCUCAUCUCCGGGUCAAAGGGUGAUUCGGGUCGGAUCUUAAGGUUACUAUUUGCUUCCUAUCACCCACUCAAUCACUACCUUCUUCAUCUCGACCCUUCUGCCCCUCAUUCAGAUCGUGAGAAUUUGGCUCUUGUUGUUCAGUCUAAUCCCAUUUUCAAAGCUGCACAGAAUGUUCAUGUUAUGGGAAAACCUGAUUUUGCUUACGCCAAAGGCUCUUCUCCUGUUUCCUUUACUCUUCAUGCUGCUUCCAUUUUGAUUCGCUUGUCCAUUAAUUGGGAUUGGUUUGUUAGCCUCACUGCUGAUUCUUAUCCUCUUGUUACUCAAGAUGAUCUUCUCCACAUCCUGUCUUUUCUGCCUAAAGAUAUGAACUUUGUGAAUCAUUCAAGCUAUAUUGGCUGGAAAGAGUUGAGGAAGUUGAAACCCAUUAUUGUUGAUCCUGGUUUGUAUCUUUCUGAAGGGACUGAAAUGUUUUAUGCUACUCAGAAAAGGGAACUCCCUAGUGCUUACCACUUGUUUACAGGUUCAUCCUUUUCUAUUUUAAGUCGUAAUUUUAUGGAGUUUUGCAUUUGGGGUGUAGACAACCUCCCAAGGAUCCUACUGAUGUAUUUCUCAAACACGCCAUCAUCCCUGUCCAACUAUUUCCCUACUGUUCUCUGCAAUUCUCGUCAGUUCAACAAAACAGUCAUAAAUCAAGAUUUAUUAUAUGCUAUUUAUGACGGUCAUAGAAAUGAUCUUCGAGCAUUGAACUCAACGGAUUUCGAUGACAUGAUUCGUAGUGGAGCCGCCUUCGCUAGAAAAUUCCAGCCAGAUGAUCCCAUGCUUGACCUCAUCGACCAAAAAGUAUUGGACCGAAGUCCUGGAUUGGUUGCUCCUGGUGGUUGGUGUUUAGGUGAGCCCGGUAACAACACAUGUUUAACUUGGGGUGAUGCCAGUAUCUUGAGACCUGGUGUAGGUUCUCAACGGCUUGAGAAAGCAAUCGUUGAACUAUUGUCGAAUGGCACUUUCCGAUCUCGUCAGUGUAUAUAG